AUGGCAGCAACCAAACUUACUGCUGACGGUCUUCUAUCGACCGAAGAGUCAGAUCCUGUUAAUGAGGACACUAGAAUGGACACCGAUAUAACUUACGAAGAAGAGGACGCCCUCCUGUCCGAAAAUCGAGAUGAAGACGUUGGUUUUAGCGAUGACAGUAUCCCAAACGCCCAAAGACAGGAACGUAAGAGGGAUACAACGAACGAGCAAAUGAGCAGGAAGAGGCCAAGUGAGCAGAAAACCAAAGAGCCUACAGGCUCUGAGAAAACGAGGAACGACGGAGGCAGGAAGCGCCGAAGAGAAGAACCACCAAAGUCCGCCAAAACUAACGGCAGCUCCGAUAGGAAGAAAUCACGGCAUGAAGAAGAGCUAAACUCCAUCCAGGAGAAAAUAGAAAGCUCCACAAACUCUAUCAGUCUGCUGAACAAUCACCUAGAGAAGGGCUCAUGCCCUAAGACUUUAAGGUACAAUGCGAGGGCGAAUAUCACGCUAGACGAGGACUUUAAGAAAGACAUAAACUCCAUAAGAAAGAAAGCCGAACAGGCCCUUGUAGGAGCCCUCGUGAAAUCUCACUACAGGCGCGUAGAUAGACUUAAGAAUAAGUACAGAAAGAUCGAACAAGCUCAGUCUCGCAGAAGUCAUCAAGAAACCAACCAGUCUUCCCGCAAAGCGCCGGCUAGGAAUAGAAAUACGAGCAAAGAUAAGAACGAAAACGAGCUAGCCGAAGUGUUGAAAGCUAAGAUUAGAGAGGUCGAUACAUUGCUGGAACAAAUGAGAGCACAGGCAAACAAUAAAAAAAAUGAAUCUUAUCCUGUUGUCUUAUCUUACCCUUUAGAAAUAAGGGAAGAAGGGAAAAGAAACAGAACUGACAACAAAGCGGUUAAAAGCCGCAAAAGAACCGAGAGGAGGAAAAUCAAAGAGAAAAAGCGCUUUCUAAACAACAUUAAGUCACGCAACCAGCAUAUCAAA